AUGCCAUCUGCAUCUAUUGCACUUCUCAUCAUUAUCAUCGCCGUCAUUUUCCUUUCUCCUGUUCUCAUAGUGACUUACGUUGGGUCUCGUCCCAACCGACUUGCCAGGCGAACUCCAAAGACAGGACGACGGGCAGAAAGAGAUCGUUGGAAAAAGGAGAGGCAAACCGAACUCUCGUAUGAAUUAUAUCCAUGA